CCUAUCGUUUUUGCUGUUUCGAGCAGUUCCAGCACUGACGAAGAAAACAUGGAUGCAAGUAUCCUUAUGAAUUCUGAAUACAUACCCCCUUUAGCUCCAUCGGAUUUCACAGCACUUCUCGAGCAUAUUUUCAGCAUAGAAGGCAGUUCGCGGCUGCGCCAUGCAACGGCCAGAAAGCUGGUGAGAUGGCGCAAGAGGCAAGAUGGAGCCAGCUGUUCCGAAAUGGAUUCGACAAUUUGCGGGGUCGCAACACGACGUACAGACAGCCAAGUAGUUUCGGCUGCCCUUCGCAGGUCGCCGAGUGGUCGCAAUUGGGGACAAUGGACCCAGGUCCGCCUAGUUGACUGGGCUUCCGAUCUACAAAGAAGCCUGGUCCGGGACCGUGUGGCAUGCGACCGAGCGCUUUACGAGCAGAGGACAAAGUGGCUAGAGAGCCAGAGCGCAGAGGAGAUCGACGCACGCAUGGCCCUGACACUAGCCUCACGCGAUAAUGGUCCCGCGGGCAAACCGUGUCGUCGAAGUAUGAUGUCAGGAGAGUCGAAUGUUAGGCCUCAAGAUCCAUUAGGCCUUGUCCAGCUGGGGAUGCAGAUGAAGUGGACGGGUUGGUUUGCCUUGGAACUCGCAGGCAGUGCUUCUGUGAUGGGUUGUGUGGCUUUUUGGAUACUCUCUUCGUGAAACAUGUAGACGCAGCUUUCGGUUGGCUUGGAUGAUGAGAAGUACAAGGUGUUCGGAGCAUAUUUUAUUGGAUUUGGAUGUUCUUUUUCAUAAGUUUAAGAUC